AUGGUUUCGUCCAAUCAAGAGGUGGACAAGUUCAAGGUCCUUAUAGCGGGAGGCAGUCUUGCGGGCCUUGGCCUGGCCCUAGCUUUUGAGCAUGCGGGAAUCGAGUACGAGCUUUUUGAAAAGGGUGACUUUGCGCCGCAACUUGGCGCCUCUAUUGGACUCCACCCGCAUACCAUCAGGAUUCUAGAGCAGUUGGGAGUAUGGGGCGAUAUUGAGAAGCAGGUCGUGCCCCUGCAGCAUCGAAUGCAUUUUGACGAAAUUGGAAACUGCUUUGAGGACUCACAUGUGCUAGUCAACAUUGAGGCAAUUCUUGAGCGUCCCAUUGUUUUCAUGGAGCGAUCCAAGGCUCUCGAAGUCUUGUAUAGCCACGUGAGAGACAAAUCAAAACUUCAUGCUCGAACUUCCGUCGCAAAUUAUGACGAGACUGCAGAGGGGGUUAUUGUGACCACGGAAGAUGGAACUAAACAUCACGGUCAUAUCCUUAUCGGUGCCGAUGGAAUUCACAGCAAAGUUCGGGGGCUGAUGGCCGAAAAAAUCAGCGUGACAGACCAGUCUCUCGCUAAAGCGAUCAACGAAGCUUUCACUAGCGAGUAUAACUGUAUAUUUGCAGUCUCUCGAAAUGAGGGGUUCUUACCCGAUGGUAUGGUUCACAAUGUGUACUACGAUGACUACUCUGCAAUUGCGGCUGCUGGUGUGCCUGGGCUUGUGUUUUGGUUUCUCUUCGUCAAGAGUUCCACGCUUACCAGGAUGCCAAAUUGCCCGCAUUUUGUGGAUGAGGAUGCACAUGUAUAUAUUCAGAAGUACGGAAGCUCCCAAGUGGGCCCAGGGUAUGCUGUGAAGGAUCUCUGGGGAACUCGAGUGAAGGCUACGAUGGUACCACUGGAAGAGGGCGUAUCUCCACGGUGGUAUCAUGACAGGGUCGUAUUGAUAGGUGACUCGGUCCACAAGGCUACGGUCAACCCUGGUCUAGGUGGGAACACAGCCUAUGAGGGCAUUGCUCGUUUCACUAAUGGCCUCGUACCCCUCUUGAAAGAAAACCCGAUACCAUCCCUCGAGCAGUUGAGCAAGGUUUUCAACCAGUAUAUUACUGGUCAAGCCCCUCGAGCCAAGACAGUCGUUGGUCUUUCUGGCUCCAUUACGCGGUAUGAAGCCCAAGAUAACUGGGUUCUCAAAUUCGCAGCUCGUCACAUUGUCCCAUGGGUCAGCGACAACUUGAAGGCUAGAUUGUAUGCCAGUUUCUCCAGCAGCGGCCCUUGGUUGAAAUAUCUUCCCCUGCCUGCCAAGGAUAACAAUCUCAGAGAAGCAUCCAAUAAGUCCGACCGGAGCAUUGCCCCCACCCUGAUCACAGCGGCGAUCAUGGUGAGCGCUUCCGCUGCCUUAUGGCAGAUACUUCGAUAG